UCCGUUUGAAAUUUUCCCGGGAAAUCUGAGUUUCGCGGGAGGGCUCUUGAGCGCGUAAACCGUAUCCCUUCAUUCAUCAGGCCGUUUCCUGAAGCCAUUUCCAGACGGCUGAGACGAGAGUUGCGCUACUUUUAAAUCCGUUGCAUCUGCCUAAAUGCACUUGUCUGGGGGAAAAUACUUUUUAAAAGUCGAUCAUUUAGAUAUCCGUCUUUACUUUGGUCCGAUUAUUUUUGAAACUAUUGCGACGGAUUAGCAGCUAUACCUGCUUGAAAGUUCAGAGACAAGAAAGGGGUUACCCCGAAUACGCAAGAUGAGAAGAGGGAUCUCCUCGGCUCCGGACAAAGUGAUUUUAGCAGGGGUUGGGGGCUCUCCUCUGGAUAAUAAUAUAAUUUUAACAGCUCUCUCGGAUCGUUUAAACGCUGGUCAAUCCAAUGCUACGUAUAUCCAAAUAAUAACCACCCCACCGCCUUGCAAUGUUACACAGACCACAAAUGUGUGUUUAUCCGAGCCUCAGGUUAACAACAUUUACACAACUCCACAACAAGCUGCAGCAAACGGAGCAGGACAGCGACCCGCUCUUGGGAGACCACCGAAAUGCAGAGCUGUCACCUAAUGGCGAGCUAGCUAACUUCGUGGUGCUUUCGGGUCCGCUUCACCUUUGCAGCCAGAUGGAAAUAUUGGCAAAAAGGCGUCUGGCCCUGGACGAUUCAGACCACCAGUACCAGCUGGAGCCAGCCAGGACCCCAAGAGGAAGAGGAGCAGCUGCGGCAGCCAAUGGUGCACGGAUCAAAACGCCUAGAACGCCCAAAUCUCCACCAGAGAAGACGAGAUACGACACUUCUUUGGGUCUGUUGACGAAAAAGUUUGUGGAUCUGCUUGCCCAGUCCUCUGAUGGUGUUUUAGACCUCAACCUUGCAGCUGAAACCUUACAGGUCCAGAAAAGACGGCUUUAUGAUAUCACUAAUGUACUUGAAGGCAUUCAUCUUAUCAAGAAGAAGUCUAAAAACAACAUUCAGUGGAUGGGCUGCAGUUUGUUGGAGGUAGAGGGGGCGCUGAGCCAGAGACAGAGGCUGACAGCCGAAGUUUCUGCUCUGGGGGAAGAGGAGCAGAGGCUGGAGCAGCUCAUCCAGAGAUGCAGCCUCGAUAUGAGACACAUGAGCGAGUUACCAGGCAACCAAAAAUAUCCUUUAGGAGACCAGACUGUUAUUGUCGUCAAAGCACCCACAGACACCAAACUGGAAGUACCAGACCCCGACGAGAGUUUAUCUAUACACCUGACCAGCACCAAGGGUCCCAUCGAAGUCCUGCUGUGCCCAGAUGAGAAUGACAUCAGGAGUCCUGUGAAAAACUGCAACACAGAUAUCAACGGGAACUCGCCUUUCCUCAAAGUUGGUCAAGAUCCCAGCUGCACGGCCGCCUCCCCCAGCUCCUUCCUGUCCCCGUCCGCCCCGGCCUCCGCCGUCUCCGUCACCACCCUGUCCCCCAUCUCCUCCCCCUACACCAGCCUCCUCCAGCAGACGGACGACCCCAUCCCGGCGUCCCUGGGGCCUUUCCUAAACCUCGGGCCUCCCAUGGAACAAGAUGACUACCUUUUAGGUUUGGGAGAUGACCAGGGAAUUAGCGACUUGUUUGACGCCUGUGACUUUGAUAAGUCGCUGGGACUGGAUGACCUUCUCUGCAGCUAGCAUUAGCUCCGGGAAGAUGGGGAUGAAACACUGAGGGCUUUCCUGUCCCACAGGGGUGAAAUGCCAUGUUCUCGAUGGUAUGAAUGAUAACCAGCCCGAUCUGUAAGAAGCCUUUUCUGUCUGAUGUUUUUUUUUUUUUUUUUUUUUGUCACUGGAUGGUAUUUAACACGAAGAGGAGGAGAACCCACCCCUCUGUGUGAUGCAGUGCUCAUGCCUCUGCACAGCGAGGCUAGCAAAGGCCGAGCAGCCUGAAGGAAAACGCCUCCCACAACACGUGGCAUUAUCGCUGCACAUGCUCUGGUUGACAGGAUUAGGUUUAGCAUAUCAGUUUGACCCAGAACCAUAAGUACAAAGGAGACCCACACAAGCUGGAAGGAGGGGAAUCAGUCCUGCUAAAUGUGUUUGGAGGUUUAUCAGUCUUGACUCUGAAUAUCAUAGCCGGAUGGGCAGAGUCGUUUAGGGAGCCCCUUAAUGUGUUAAUGCCAGGUGCUGUGGGGGGGUGAUCUGAAGAUUUCUGCUUUAUUUCACUCUGUUGCACCAAUGAUCUGUGAUUGAACGCUUAUACUGUUGACUGUUAGAAGUAAGAACUGGUUGUGUGCAAAUGUAGAGCAAUUUAGGAAUGACUAGGUAAAACGAGGACAGGGCAGUGUAGGUCGAGGGUUAAACGAGUAGAUCGGGCAGGUGGAGGUUUUUAUGAUCUGCCCAGCCUGCAUCUGCACAUCAUGUCACGUUGAACCACCAUGUUCUGUUGACUGCAUGGAAUAUUGUUUAGGAAUACUUUAAAUGCUCUUAAAAAAAAAAACCCAGGCGCACUUCUGCCUGCCAUCGAUCAUAAAGGGGUCAACUGCAAAUUUUAAUCGUGCAUUGUGUGUACAAAAAAACUUUUCAUUUAAGAAAAAAAGGUGUAAUAUCUCCUGAGCUACAAAAUGUACUGUUGCAAACAUCCUGGAAAAGCCAUCACCCCCUCAGUAGAGGGGGCUCUCUUUAAAGAAAACAAACGCCUGAAAUACUUCCGAUUAAUCAGAUCUGUGGUGAUACUUGUUGAUCUUAACUUGAAAACGUGCGACAAAUUCAGGACUCCUUGGAUCUCGCUGCUUCAUACCUGUUGUCAGAGCUAAACUCAGCCCCACCACCACAGUUAGACAGCUGUGCAGAUGUGAGUCAGAGCACUGCCUCUCCUGUGUGUUCAGACAGUCUCCUUCAGCUUUUUAUGUCCCACACCUCCAGUGUUUUAAUAGGUUUUAAAGCUGAAUAAUGAAUGGAAACAUGGUUUUCUUAGACACCCAAAACCUGCUAGCCACUCACAUGUAAUGUGAGCAAAUAUUUGAAACGAGAAAUAAAGGUCAAAAUAAAAAAGAAAGACAUUAAAAAACAGCAGAUACAAUUUAAACAGAUGACUUGCUGUUUUAUACUUUGAAUGUUGAGGGAGUUGCCGCAUUGGCAUAACGGUUCAGGAGGAGCUCGAUUACACGCUGAAGUAGUAGCUGCCAAUGUGGCUGAAGCCCCAGCUUUUAGAGAUCACAAGUAAUCUUUCUGCUGCUAGUGUCGAUGCACCCUGGGCUCCAUCUGUGAAUGCCUGAGUGGUUCCGUGGUCCGUGUGAAUGAGACAUUUGACCAGCUCGCUCAAAAAUAAGCCGGCUGUGUAUAAAUUGAUGUACAGUUUUCUAUUUUUUCCCCUUUUCAAUGCACAAGGUACUGUAGGCUACCUCUCACUAAAUGUUGAACAAUAGUAAUAGGGCGUAGAGGUAAAUGCCAUAAUGUGUGUGUGUGUGUGUGUGUGUGACAGAGAGAGUGUCUUUGGAGUUCCCUUUUGGUAUAGAAAUAGUUUUAUUCAGCAUUGACAUGGAAUUUUACUUACCCUAAAAUUUGGGUAUACCCGUGGUUGUGGACUUGAUUCAUGACAUUUCAAAUGAAAUCUCCAGGGUGCACAUUUGAAGGAGAUGUAAUUGCAUAGAUAUGAAAUUAUUUUUAUUUUCUCUUUUUUCCCUUUUUCUUUCCUAAAAAGCAGAGCCUCUCUUGGACCCAAAAACAGAACAUUUUCAUACAGCUAUCAGUUUAUUGACUGAAAUUUUCCUUAUUUAUGGCUGUAAUUUCUUUAAUGGCCUAUUUAUUUUAUUUUACAAAUAAUGAAAGUUAUCCCCCACUUUUUCUUUUGUUUUUUGAUAAACUUGGGAGACACCUUCCACAAUGUAACAUGUUAAUUCCCCCCCAUUUCUCUCAAGCAACUGGAAUCUAGUUGACUUAUUUUAACCUAGUGGAAACAUAUAUUUUGGAAAGGCUAUACUUUUCCAUAAAUUCAAGAUGGAAUGUUCGAUUUUAUUGUCCCACGAAAAGGUAGUGUUUUGUAUAAUGGACGACUUAAAAUUGCCGCUUGUUGUUUUCUAUUGUAUCUUUCUGAUGUGUGAUUAGAUAUUACAGUUAUUUGGCUUAAAACUAUAAACAUAGUCCAGAUUGAAAUAGCAGUGUUUGCUCCGGUCAUUUCUGAUGGUUAUUCCUCAGCUUUUACCAAAUACAGAUUACUUAUCCAUAAAUACUCUGUAAAGAUUAUGUGGAAAAGUAACUAUUUGAUAGGAAAACUUGACUGUAAAAUACAAUUUUGCUGCCUGAUUCCACUAACAACAGGAAAAAAACAAAAAACGGUUUGAAUGCAUGGGUGAAAGUGCCGUUGAAUGUUAGAAGUCAACUAAUUGGAUGUUUUGAUGUGUAUUGAGUUAAGAAUUGUUUCUGCAUCAAUUUAAAGAGGAAUUUGAGUUCUGUGUGUGUAGAUGGGUGGGGGUGGGAAAUGAAAUGGAUUUUUUUUUGUACUCUGGGCAUUUGUAAUUGAAGACAAAAAUAAAGGCAAAAAUAAAGAA